UCUACGCCACUGGCAAAGAAACACAAACAAAAUUUUCACUUCCCAGUUGGUAUCCAAAGUCUCUUUCUCUCUCAACAACCACUUUCUCUGAACCUUUUGGUCUUUUGGCUUCUCUGCAGCUUUACUUUGUUGAGCUUUCAUUUACGGAGAGCCAAAAUUGCCUUCAUUUGUCCAAUUCAGAGUCUUUUUUUAUAGAUCUUUAGAAAACUCUUUUUUUUUUUUUUCCCGUUUCUGUUUCCUUUUUGGGUUCCCAUUUGAUGAGUGAUUGAUCUCGUUUUAGAGGAGACUAAAGAUCGUUUUGGUUUUUUGGCAACAAUGAAGUCUUCAAGUCGGCUUGACUCGGCUGUUUUUCAACUCACUCCAACUCGGACAAGGUGUGAUUUGGUUCUCUCCGCAAAUGGAAAGACGGAGAAAAUAGCUUCCGGUUUGGUUAAUCCAUUUCUUGCCCACUUGAAGACUGUGCGAGAUCAAAUGGGCAAGGGGGGUUACUCAAUUAUUCUUGAGCCAGAGCUUGGAACUGAUGCAACAUGGUUCACAAGAGGAACAGUUGAAAGGUUUGUUCGUUUUGUGAGCACUCCAGAGGUCUUGGAACGCGUGUAUGCCUUGGAAUCUGAGAUCUUGCAGAUUGAAGAGGCAAUUGCGGUUCAAAGUAACAAUGAAAUAGGGUUGGCCAUGGUCAAAGAUCAUCAAACAAAAUCUGUGGAACACAUUGAAGGUGGCAGGCCUCUGCUGGAUUCUAAUGAGGAGAAAGCCAUUGUCCUUUACAAGCCUGGUGCACACCUACCUGAAGCAAAUGGAUCAACAGCACAGGAGGGAAAUUCAAAAGUUCAGCUUAUGAAAGUUCUGGAGACACGCAAAACUGUGCUGCAGAAAGAGCAAGGCAUGGCCUUUGCCCGCGCUGUAGCUGCUGGUUUUGAUGUUGAUCACAUGGCAUCUUUGAUGUCAUUUGCAGAAAGUUUUGGAGCCUCACGCUUAAUGGAGGCAUGUGUGAGAUUUUUGGACUUGUGGAAAAGAAAGCAUGAAAACGGCCAAUGGGUUGAAAUUGAAGCAGCUGAUGUAAUGUCUUGCCAGUCAGACUUCUCUGCCAUGAAUGCAUCUGGCAUUGUUCUUUCUAGUGCGAUCAACAAGCAGUGGCCUGAAACUUCAGAUGGUAAUGGGAAAGUGGGUGUUGACUCAGAUGAAAAGCCUCAAAUGGAUCAACAGUCAUCUCCAAGCCAGCAAGAAUAUUUUCAAGGCCAGUUUCCACAUCCCAUGUUCCCUUCUUGGCCUAUUCAUUCUCCACCUGGCACAUUGCCCAUCUUUCAGGGAUAUCCUAUGCAAGGGAUUCCUUACUAUCAGAAUUAUCCAGGAAAUAGCCCAUUUUUUCAGCCACCGUAUCCGUCGGGGGAAGAUACUAGACUUAAUACUGGCCAAAGAAAAGGACAAAGAAGGCAUUCAAUGGAUAGUGGGAAUGGCAACACUGACACUGAAACUGAGGAGGUGGAUACAGAAUCAGGGAAAAAGUCUAGUCGAUCAAGUAAAAAGCAAUCCAGUAAGGUUGUUAUUCGGAACAUUAACUAUAUCACUUCAAAGAGGCAGGAAUCAUCUGGUAGUGAAUCACAAUCAGCUUCUGGUUCUGAAAGUGAUGAGGAAGAGGGAGAUUUGUCUGUUACUACAAGUAGCAAGCAUAAGAGCUCUCUGAGAUCCUCAAAAAGGAAAGGAAUCCAUUCCAAAUCUCUAGAUGAGUUAGAUUCAUCAAACAUGGAAGGAACAAUUCAUGGGAAUGAGACAGAUGGUGGACACUGGCAGGCAUUUCAAAGUUAUUUACUAAAAGGUGCAGAUGAAGAUGAACAUGCUGUGGAUAAAGGUAUGUUUGUGAUGGAAAAGGAGGUUCGAGUCAGAAGAAGAGAAAAUGCAGCAGGUCAUGAUCCUUUAGUUUAUGAUGGACGAGAUGUAGGUUACAAUCAAGAAGGGAAUAUGACAGAUAUGCAGAGAAUUAGUGGAAACUUGGCCCGCAUGACUAAGGCCUCAAAUGAUGAAUCAUUGAUAUCCAGAAGAAUGGGUCAAUCUAAUGAGGGUGGAAGCUUCAUGGAUGGUCAAAUGGAUAUACAACCUGCAGAGAUAGAUGCAAGGAAAAGUAGAUAUAGGAGGUCAACAAAUGAUGAUUUUAUAAUAAACAGACCAGAAAAGCAUCCUGGUUAUAUGAGUUCAACAGAUCCAUUUGCUGUAAAUGGAUUUGUGCAUCCAAACAAAGACUUGGACAGUUCAUCACAUUAUAUGGAUGAUGAUUCUUAUGUGGUUUCGUUGAGGUCAGUCUCAGUAGAUCAAGUUGGAACUGAUGGAAGGCAUGCAAUUGACAUGGACUCUGAGUUGCCAUCAUCUCAAGUGGAAAACUUAUCUAACAGGGCAGGAAGCCAAGUCAAAUAUGAGCCAGAUGAUUUAAGUUUGUUGCCUGAGCGUGGGACAGAAAAGGGGACAGUUGGUUAUGACCCUGCUUUAGAUUAUGAUAUGCAGGUUCAUGCUGAAAAUUAUGCUCAAUUGGAUAAGAAAAAUGAGGAGGUGGUGACUGGCAUCAGGAAAGGCACUAAAAAGGUGGACAUGGACCGGAAAUCAAAACUUAUUCCAGAUACUUCAGAUAAGAAGAAGACAGUGGGACCAAUAAGGAAAGGGAAACCUUCAAAGUUGAGUCCUUUGGAUGAAGCCAAGGCACGUGCUGAGAGGCUCAGAACCUUCAAAGCUGAUCUCCAGAAAAUGAAGAAAGAGAAGGAAGAGGAGGAGAUAAAACGUCUAGAAGCUUUGAAAUUAGAGAGGCAAAAGAGAAUUGCUGCUAGAGGCAGCUCCAUUCCUACGCAGCCUUCUUCACAACAAGCCAGAAAACAAUUGCCAGCAAAACUUUCCCCUAGCUCUUACAAAGGAUCAAAGUUUAGUGAUUCCGAGCCUGGAUCUGUAUCACCUCUACAAAAGUUCCCGAUCAGAACUGUCUCUGCAGGAUCAACUGAUUCUCUUAAAGGUUCUAAAUCCAAUAAAUUAAGUACCAGAGGUAACUCUGCAGGAAAUAGGUUAAGCCAGUCGGUGUCAUCAUUGCCUGAACCAAAGAAAGAGAAUGGUAGUGUAACGCCUGAUGCAAAGGCAUCCAUGGCCCGAAUUAGAAGAUUAUCAGAACCUAAAAUUAGUAGCGGCCAUCAUGUUUCUUUGGUUAAGCCACGAAUCACUGAACCAGUAUCAAAGCCUAAAGUGUCAAAUGGACCUGAGAGCAAGAAAAUAUCUGCAAUCAUGAACCAUGAUAAAAACAAGACUGCAUCUCUCCCAGAACUGAAGAUUAGAACCACAACACGACGUGAAGUUCCUCUAGCCAAAUCAUCUGUGAAAGAAAUGCCCCAGAAGGUGAACGGAAGCAAGUCUAGUACUACUUCUGGAGGUGCUGAACUGAAAAGGAAUAGUGAUAUAAGGUCACAUCAUAGUGAUGGAGAUGACAAUUCAAUAAUUGAAAAGUCUGUUGUGAUGCUAGAAUGUGAAAAGCCAUCCAUUCCUGCCAUGCACACAUCAGAAGAAAGGAUAGGCUCUGAAACAGGGUACUCUAGCAACUAUAAAAUUGUAGAGAAAGCUGAGACUAUGUCAAACUAUGCAGCUAUCCGAGCACCAGUUUCACCACUUAACUUGGAUGGGGCUGAUAUUGAACCUGGCAAACACCGAUUAGAAGUGCUACCCAGUGCAAUUGAGAAUUCUGGAUCUGCAGAAACCAUUAGACCUAUUCUCUUUGGCAGUGGUGGAAACUUGCCUAAUGAUUCGAUGUUUUUGUGUGAAAUUUCGUGCUGUCAGACCACGACUGAAAAUGCAGGUAAUGUUGAGAAGGAAUUGCCAAAGCAUUCAAGUGUUACCCUUGCUGAAAAACCAUACCAAGCUCCUUUUGUUCGGGUCUCUUCUCUGGAAGAUCCAUGUACUGGGAAUUCAGAGUAUGGUAAAGCACCUCCAACAAGCUUACAGAGAACAACAUACGCAGAGGCUCUCAAAGUUCAUGUAUCUGAUCCUAAAAGCUUGAAAUUAGAAAAGAUCCCUGAAGGAUUAGAUAAGCCUCAGAUGAAGGAAACAUCAAAAGGUUUUAGACGGCUGCUGAAGUUUGGAAAAAAGAGUCAUACUAUGAGUGAGCACAAUGUUGAAUUGGAUAAUGGCAGUGCGAAUGGUUCGGAGGCAGAUAAUAGUGUUUCAAACAUUGCUUCCUCUAGUGAAGUUCAUACGUUGAAGAAUCUCAUCUCUCAAGAUGAAACCCCCACUGCUAAUAGUACUGCUCAAAAGACUUCUCGCCAUUUCUCCUUGUUGUCACCCUUCCGAAGCAAAAACAGUGAAAAGAGGCCCAGUACUUGACAAUGUGAAUACUGUUAAAAGUGAACUGUUUAGUUAUGACACGGUGAUUAAUGGAGAUCAGGUCUCCCCACAUUAUAUCUCCAACUGCUCUAUCGACGGGUACAAAGACUGCCAACCCUUAGUAGAAGCUGGCUCAUUUGUAUCAUUGUAGAUUGCAGAAUAUGUUUUUGUACAGUUGUUGUAAAGAGCUCUUAAUCCUCUUGAACUUGCGUUUGCGUUUAUAGAUCAAUGGAAGUAAUCUUCCACUUUCAGAACCUUGCUUGGGUCUUUAGCUUUUUUGUCUAAUGGCAUGAUUGGGAUUUUCCUAUAAUCAGUUGUCUUCGAGACUUAAGAAGUAGUGCGACCUUGGCCCUCAUUGUAACCUGGAACAUUUGAACUACAAAAGAUUGUGCAGUCUAUCGUAAAUCCAAAACCUGGUUUUCUUUUUC